AUGCUGCUUUUCGAUCCUAAAAAAGAGAUGCCACCUUUUUUUUACCAACGUUUUGAACAGCAACAAUUCAUGAAGAGAGAAAAUAAGGAACUCAAAUUUGUCUUCGACCGUGUUUACGGUGAAAAUUCAACUAAUAAGGAUGUUUUUGAAACUACAAGUAAAGAAAUACUUGCCUCUAUAAUGAGUGGAUAUAAUUCCACUAUAUUUGUUUAUGGUGCAACGGGGGCAGGGAAAACUUUUACCAUGUUCGGAAACGAUGAGCAACCUGGAGUUAUUCGCUUAAGUAUGGAGAAACUAUUUUAUGCUUUUAAUGUCCAUGAAGAAAAAACAAAAUUUGAUAUUGGAAUGUCUUAUUUAGAAGUCUAUGAAGAAAAUGUGUAUGACUUGUUAAAACCGUCAAAGACUCCACUACAACUGCAGGAAGAUGCCAAAUACGGAGUCAAAGUCGCAGGGCUAACUAUACACAUUGUUAAAUCUGUUGGAGAUAUUUUAAACAUGCUAGACAAUGGCAACAAAAAUAGAACACAGCAUCCCACUGAUGCAAAUGCCAAUAGUUCCAGAAGUCACGCUGUUUUUCAGGUGUAUAUAAAAAUGAUGUAUAAAACCAGCGGUCAACUACGCAGGGUGAAGUUAUCGUUCGUCGAUCUGGCAGGAAGUGAACGCGCCUCCGCUUCUGGAUGUAGCGGUGACCGGUUCAAAGAAGCGGCUAAUAUAAACAAGAGUUUACUGUCUCUUGGAAAUUGUAUAAAUAAAUUGGCAAAUGGUAGCCGCUAUAUUCCCUACAGAGACUCAAAACUAACUCGUCUUUUAAAAGAUAGCCUCAGUGGCAACUGCAAGACCGUUAUGAUUGCAAAUAUAUCACCAUCAUAUGCAAGCUACGAGGACACAUACAACACACUAAAGUAUGCAGCUCGGGCAAGCAAAAUACAACUGAAUGUGAAAAAAAACAUAGUUGAUGGUGAUUUAAGACCACCUCAGAGCGUAUCGAUUAAUGAAGAACUAAGGAAGAAGGUUAUAGAAUUGGAAGCAAAGUUAUCAUUAUCCAAUGUUAAGCCUAUAGUAAAAGAAGAUAAUGAAAAUAUUAAACUUGAGUGGCAACGGCGCAUAUCUGAAGCGUACGCGGUACAAAGUAUCCUGGAAAAAGAACUACUGGAGCUGAUGACGAGGCAGCGAGUGUUAGCCUUCCGUCACCGCUUGCAUACGCGUGCAUUCAGUCACAUUGCCGAUUUGGCUCGUAGUUCAUCCUCUGAAGCUCUAGAACAGGUUGAUACGGAAGAUAUUUCAUGCCAAGAAAGAGCGGCAGAGAACUAUGCUGCAAAAUCUGUGAAGUUGGAUACUAAAAUCAAAUUCUCAUGGAUUAAAUGGCACGAAAGUCGACAGAAAAUGCAUGAUAUGUUCAAUCAGGCUCUUAGUGAAUGCCCUGAGCAGCGCGACUUCGUUGAAAAAGUAAAAUUACAAAGCGAAAUGAGAAUUGUCAGAGCUCGUAAUAACCUUGGACACCAAUUAUUGUAUAUGUUGAAUGAGAAAGUAAAUACCCUCACAGAGCAUGUGAGCGAUAUGUCUGGUAUGCUAAAGAAACUAUAUUCGACGCUUAAAGGAUACGACAAAGCAACUCCUGCGUUAGAAGCGGAGUAUUUCGAAAUAAUGAAAAAGGCUAAAUCGGCCGAAGGUAAAACUUGCUCAGACGAAGACAGUGAGAGCGAUUUCAAAUUAUUUUCAACUUUAGAUCUCGAAAAACUUAUGACAACCUCUGACUUCAAUAUAGCUUUAAAGAAAUAUGCUAACACGACUAUCGACAUUGCGACUGACAGUGAAGACAUCGAGAACCCCGAUCCCUCACAGUCUCUGGCCAGAAAACGUAAAGGAACACCGAUAAAACUUGCAAAUAACGAGAUAAUAAUAAUCAACGAUUCGCCAGAAUUGUUAGACACAACCAUAAAUUCGAAAUCUGCGAUUAUGAAGCCUGAUGUAAACCUGCCAGUAAAGAAAAAACUCCUGUCGAAGAGUAGAGAGACAUAUACAAUACAGAGGAACUUGAAUCUUCUUAAUGAUAAAGCGGCUAAAAUCGUCAAGCCUGUAGUGGAUCUAGGCGUACCGUUGCUCCGCGUUCCUCCAACCAUGAAAGGAAACCGACCAUUGCCAGGUUCGAGCUCUAGUCUAACGGCAUCUAGUGGCAUUCCACUGCAAAGGAACGGCAAGGCGGUGCGAGAGCGCGAUCAAUUUCGGAUGCACCCGUACUCCAGGCCAGUCGCCACUGCUUCCCGGAAACAAGGACAAACAAAAAGAACGGAAAGGUUUUGA